AUGGCCUACUCAACACCUGCAGGUCGAUUACAGGCCCACAUGAAUUGUAAUUUAAUAGUUAUAUCCCAAACACAUCCUGAAUGGUUCUUUCGUAAUCAGUUGUCAUUGCAUCAUGAGAACAAAAACAUCAAAUUGGAGCAUCGCAAUGAAGGAACAUUUGGACAUAAAUCUGUUCCUAUUUCACGGACUUCCAUGAAUCCUGGCGAAGUCUGA